UAUUUUGUGUGACGACAAGAUAACAUAUGUAAAAAUUCAAGUACAUUUCAAUGGCAAUUAGUCUGUAUACCAUGUAAAAUUAAAAGUGAGGCUUAUGCAAUGCAUGAUGGCAAGUUGCCAUUGGCAACCAUUUAGCUUGAAGAACAAUAUCACAUGAUGUGCAAGAAUCAAAAGGCAUUCAUAUAGAGAAAGUCACCUUGCUUAGACUGUGCAUUAGAAUCAUUUUCGUAUUUAAUCAACUUUUUCACCAAUUUUGAGAUGUAGAAACGUUAAUUGUUAUCAAGUCAAUUGAUGAACCACGAGCCCUAAGUUUUGUCAUUUCCUUCAAGAAUUGAAAUGCUAAGCGGUUACCAUAGAAUAAUUAGCCUACAUUAGCUCCUAAUUUAUUUUCAAGAACUGUAUACAUAGUCAAAUGUUAUGUGAAUGAACUGUAGACAAUAAAAAGACCGAAUAAAAUGUAUUUUAGAACCAAAAUCAUUUCAGUCAUAUGUAGCCUAUCGAGAGAAAUGUGUUUUCAAUGAGUGAAAAUAAGAUUCAAAUUGGAUGUCGAGGCAAAUGUUUCACUCAACGUCUGGCCCUCUAACGGUAAAUACGUGAACUAUCGUAUCAAUGUGAUUGAAGUACGCAUUACAUUGACAGAAAUGUGUAUAGACCAAAGCUGUCAAUUACAAGAUUAUUAACCAAUUUCAUAAUAACAUAGUCUGAUUUCCGAUUUUAUAAUAACGUAACAAUUAAAUAUCAAUUCAAACAAUGUCGGUAAAUUUCCAAGAUGAAGCUGAAGUAAAGGAGUAUUUAAGUAAUAUCGGUAUCGAAUACCGGUUUGGUUGCUAUUCCGAAAAGAAACCGGAAGUGUGUCAUUUGCUGGGCGACUACUUGGAAUCGAUUCAUCGUGACUAUGAAAAAGCACGAAAAGUAUUUCGCUCCACGUGCGACGAUUAUGGCUAUGCAAAAUCCUGUUUAAAAUAUGCGAACUACACAUUCAUCGGACGCGGAAAAAGUGGCUCGAAACCAAAUCCAACCGAAGCAUUAGAGUAUUAUGAAAAAGGGUGUAAAUUGAAUGACAGUGAAAACUGCUUAAAUGCCGGACUACUGCUGGUAUCACCGAAGAUGAACGACAGGCGCGAUUUUAUGAAGGGAAUGGAGUAUUUGACCAAAAGUUGCGACAUGAAUAAUGGCAAUGCGUGUUAUUAUUUGUCUGGUAUGCAUAUAUCCGGUGCGGAAGGACCAAUUCGAUCGCAAGAAACCACAGCACCACUUAUGUCUUCAACCGAAGCAAAUGUGAAAAAAUCCAAUACAAAAGCAGGCGAUUACACGGUGGAAAAGAAUAUGGCAAAAGCAUUUGAAUUGACAACAAAAGCUUGUGAAUUAAAUAAUAUGUUUGCGUGCGCCAAUCUAGCGCAUAUGUACGCAAGAGGUGAAGGAACCGAAAAAAAUAAGGAGAAAGCCGAAAUCUAUAAGAAGAAGGCCAUUGCAUUACAAGAAGAAAUCAAGAAUAGCAAACAAUUAUUGUUCCAACAAACGUCAUAAAAGCGGAGAACAUUCAUCUGCAAUUACUCACCAUCGAAACUCCUGUCUGGAAAACUGUAUAAAAGGAAUUUGUUAAAAUUAGAUGACAUAUAUUAGCCACACAUAAAAGAUGUUCUCUGUGCUUGUUUUAUUAAAUAAAAUGCAAGCUUAUACUUAUAACAUUAA